AUGCAGCACCGCAUUGAUCGUUUCAGUAUUCCCCGGCGCUGCAUCCACCUCACAGUUCUUCUCCUGUUGUUAAGUGUGUCCCGUUGAUGUACAAGUUUAAGAAUAUCUUCACUUAAACGAGCCAUACUAGGCAGAAGGACGCGCUCUAGAUGUCUAAGCAUAACGGAAUGCUGGGAAAUGAAGUUCGUACCACGUGUGUCGCGGUAGUUUUGUAUUCUGCGGUAAUGUUAGUUGCAUGCGAUUAUUUCCCGUUUCAUGUUUUUACCGCUUAGUCUGCAGCAAAGGAAAAUCAUGAAUCGUAUAACUACACGCGCUAAGUCAAAAGAACACGUUGAAAAGGAGCCAAAGGGGGAACCAGGAACAUCUCUUCCUCCACAAAACGAUGUGAAAAUAAUCACGGGCGAGAGUUCAUGUUCCAGACCACAGCAUGGCAAAAAGAAACUGCUGCCACGGCCCCAGUCAUUAUCCAUCAAGAAAGAUGAGAGGACAUUGGCUUUGGACUCCAGCCCAGACAAGGCAUCCACCUCACUUCCUAAAAAGAGAAAGCUGCAGAUGGCAAGCCCCCUGAAAAAAGGGAUGUGUCCCACAGCUGCUUUGGAGCUUCAAAAGUUGAGGGGCAAAGUUGAACUGAUGGAACAAAAGAUCAAAAUGCUGGAACAAGUGAAUUCGGAUCUGAAGGAUGACAAAGAAUUUUUGCUCAGCCAGAUAAAAUCAUCGGCUCCUCAGCUGAAGAGGCAAACCAUUCAGACUUCAUCAGAUGACGAAUCGAGCACAUCAUCAUACACGUCCAGUUCUUCAGAGGAGGUGCCAAAAAAGAAAAAGAAGAAAAAGUCUUCUCGUGGAUGUGAUAACGAGAGUCUUCAACUUGGCAACAGCAGGACCCGUAUGAAGACGAUUGAAGGGGUCAUAAAACGCUAUAAGCUGGCACUGAAGUCGUACAGAAGAUGUGGCUCAAUGAAGAGGGCGUUUGAAAAGCAAAACGUCGACAGAAACACGAUUGCGCGAACUGCUCCAAUUGCAGAGCUUUACAUAGCAUUUCCAGAUGCCUUUGCUGCUUUGCCAGAAUGGAAUGACACAGUUGAGAAGAUGUCAGCAUAUGCUGAACGUUGUAGGCAAGCAAUUACUAGUGACAUGGCUCAGCAAAUUCUAGAAAUGAAAAAGAAACACCUCCUUCUACCAAUUGUGUAUAAGCUCACAUAAAAGUUAAGUUGAUAAAAUAUUGGUGAUACAAAGGCAUCUGAAUAUGUAAACUUCAUUUAGGUUUGUGGUCAUUUUCUUUUGUUACUUAACAUUGUUUGUAGGAAAUGUUAAGUAAUUAAAGCCUGUGUUUAAAUAGGAUGUCUUAGAAUUUUGGGUAACACUUUAUUUGAAGGCUACCUACAUAAGGGCUUUAUGAUGCAUUCA